GCCGCGCGGCAGCGGGAGUGGGGGGGAAUGGCCCCUGGAGGGGGAGCCGAAGCUGCGCCGCUGCGCUGUCUGCUCCGUGGGCUGGCCUGCGGCGUUCGGACUCGGUUAGGAGGAUGCCGAAGAGGCAGGCUCACAGGCCACACGUGCGAGCGCGGGUGAGGAGAAAAAGCGAGCGGGACAAGGACUUUUGGAGAGAGGUCACUACCGAGUUGUGGCUGUAGGUGUUGCCAUGGUAACUGGGGGACCGGAUGUGGCGAUCUUAGGAUGCGACAGGCCUCGCGCGUGCCGCCAGAGGCCCGAAGCCUGUCCAGUGUCUCACUGUAAUGCGGUGGUGUUUUCCACGUGGGAAGGAACCGCACAAGGGGAGCAAAGCUCCCCCACGCGCGGCAGAGUGAGCGAAGCAACUUGUAGGAGCGAAGUGCCGCUGCACAUCCACGACCUCCCGGAAGUGGCACGGCGGGAGCCUCGGUCACCCGGUCCCCCGCCCACCCGGAAGCGGAAGGAAAGCUAGUGUGCCCCUUCCUCACUGCCCUCCAAAUCCUGCUGCAGCCAUUGCCGCAGCAGCUAUGCCGAAACGAAAGAAGCAGGACCAGCAGCAGCCGCCGCAGCAUCUCUCACUGUCCGAGCGGGACGAGCCUGGAGACGAGGAGGAUGAGCGCCCCAUGGGACCACCCAGCCUUCUGGGCCCUCCCCCCAUGGCCAAUGGAAAGCCUGGUGAUCCCAAGUCAGCUUUCCACAGGGGUCCUCCAGGAUCAAGGGGACCAAUGAUACCACCACUGCUGAGUCUCCCACCUCCUCCCCGGGGUAGAGGCCACAUUCGGGGAGGCCUUGGUCCUCGAUCUAGCCCAUAUGGUCGUGGUUGGUGGGGUAUCAGUACUGAACCUCCUUUUCCUGGGCUGGGCCAUGGGGGUCCCUCUAGGGAAAGCUUUUACAGAGAGCCAAGAAAUCCACGAAGGCUCAAAAGCUGGUCUCUUGUCAAGAAUACCUACCCACCUAAGGACGACCCCCAGAUGAUGGAAGACAAGUCUGACCUCCCUGUCUGUCGACACUUUUCUAAGAAGGGCCACUGUCGAUAUGAAGACCAUUGUGCCUUCUACCAUCCAGGCGUCAACGGACCUCCUCUGUGAGACUGUGCCUUCCCACCCAGGCUGGAAGGAGCCCUCUGACCUUGUGGCCGUGCAUUCUCUGUGGCUCCACUAUAGCUGCUUGAAGGCCCUUCUGCCACCUUCAGGCAGUGACAAGUCCGCCCCUUUCAUCAUCUCUCCCAUUUGGGGUCCAGAGCUAUGACUGUCACUGGUGCACAGUGCACACUGUCUUCUGAUCCAGGCUGUAGAGACCUUCGGGACCCCAUCUUGCUACCUUCCACUGCCUCCUGGAUCUUCCCCUCUGCCAAAUGACUGCUCAACAGGAAACCUUUGGUGCUGUUUCUUGUGCAUCUGUCCACUGUCCCUCAGUAUUGCCCUAAGUUCCCCAGAACCCUGGAGCAGUCUCUCCUCCUCCAGCUGCUUGUCUUAAGUCCUUUCACGUAAAACCCCAGUGUUUGCAGCUGCCAGGAAGUGCACCAGGUUGUCUGACCUCGAGGUCGGGUUUGAGUGACUGGAACAGACUUGCUCCCUGAACAGCCUCCACCUGCUUUUGGACAUCCUAGUUUCUGUCCGUAGCAUGAGCCCCACUGCUAAGGCCUGUGGUCACUGUGCUUUGUGAAACUGUACACCCUUUGUAGCCUUCCUCGGUGUCUGUGGCGGUGUUUUUUGUUUUGUUUUUUUUUUGUUGUUGUUGUUGUUUUGGUUUUUUUUUGUGACUUCCCAACACUAGAGUAAGUUUUUCUGCCAAAUCAAGUGAGGCUCUUGGUGCCCUCUAGAGUUCACCUACCUCCCAAUGCAGGAGGUCAUGAGACUUCUUCAGACUGCCUCCCAAUCGUGCCCUUUCCUGGUGUCGGGUAUUCUGGGUCUGACAAGCCAGUGGUGUCUUGGAAAACCUCAGGAGGGCUUCCCCACAUGGCUACCACCUGGCAUGUUUUAAUUAGGCUGUGUCGUUGUUGAGGCCACCAGCCCUUUGAUUUGACUUUGUGAAUCUCCACCUGUCUCUGGAUGGAACCUGAACAGUACUGUCAUCUCCCUGACACUCUUUUACUUCCCUGGCACUGGGUGUUUUCUGUGAAAACAGCAGUGAAUAUGUUGGGUUUUGAACGGGCCCUAAGGAAGUGGGUCAGGAGGUGUGUGUGCAAGAGAAGAGAGCUGUUGGAGAACUAAGAAGGAUUUUUUCUUUUUAACUUUUUUUUUAUAUUAGUAAUAAACACAGUGGAAACCGGUA